AAAACGGAUGAGGAUUUCCCUCCACGCUUUUGCCAGCAACCAAAGCAGUGAUGGCGAUGUCAGUUCGUGCAGCCGCCUCAUCUCCUUCCGCGGUUGGAGCUCCGUUCAAAAAUGUCCGUUUUUCGUCGUCUCUCACCCCAUUUCCUUGCCUGCGUCCCCAAACCUAUCAAAGUUCACUUCCUUCACAGCUCAAAUUGACGCAGUGCGCCAAGAAAGAGAUAAAAGCCACCGACCCCAAGCUUGGAGUUGCACUUUACAAGCCGAGGUCUUACGAUGCCUUGGUAUCUGACGCCGCCAAUUCCCUCUCUUACGCUCUAAGCGACGGGAAGACUCGCUUAGAAAUCGAAUUCCCUCCCUUGCCCAGCAAUAUUUCAUCAUAUAAGAAACCUCGUGAUUGAGACAAAAGCUUCACAUUUGCAUGACAUUUUUGAGUUCAUGAAUAUGUGAAGGGAUCAUCAGAUGAGUUUAGCGAUGCCAACAUUCAACUUGCUUUGGCUCUUGUCAAGAAGCUUCAAGAGAUGAAGGAAAUACAGGCUUGCAUUGUUUUUGCUGAUAAGCCAGAGAAGCGUAGGGCAUUAACUCUUCUCAGAACAGCUUUUGACUCGAUUGAUUGUUUAACAAUUGGGACCUUGGAUGAUGUACCUGUUGGUCCUGUGAAAGCAUUUUUCAGAUCAGUGAGUCGAACUUUGGAUUUUGAUUUUGAGGAUGAAAAUGAAGAUCGGUGGCACUCUGAAAAGCCACCAUCACUGUAUAUAUUUAUCAACUGCAGCACGGGUGAUCUCUCUUCCAUAGAGAAGUAUGUGGAAAAGUUUGCAACCUCCACCCCUACUCUGCUGUUUAAUCUAGAACUUGACACUUUGCGUGCUGACCUAGGUCUUUUGGGAUUUCCACCAAAACAGUUGCAUUAUCGAUUCCUUUCACAAUUUACCCCGGUAUUUUACAUUCGAACUCGCGAGUAUUCAAAGACUGUCGCGGUGGCGCCGUAUAUUGUAAACUAUAGUGGAGCUCUACUUCGUCUAUACCCUGGCCCGUGGCAGGUGAUGUUGAAACAAUCAGAUGGUUCUUUUGCCUGUGUAGCGGAGAGCGAAUCUCGAUUCACACUGGGAGAAACAAAAGAAGAGCUAUUGCGGGUUAUCGGUCUUGAGGAGGAGAUAGGAAGCUCACUUGGCUUUCUUCGAAGAGGAUAUAAGACUGCGACAUGGUGGGAAGAAGAUGUUGAUUUGGAGAGAUCUUCAGCUUGGCGUAGUUGAAGUCGAACAACAGGUGCCUGCACAACGGUUAUAAGAGAAGUCGCCUCUCAGGUGCAAAUGUUUGCCUUGGCUUAGUAGCAUUUUCCUUGGUGGGUUCACGUUCACCCUUAUGAUACUAAGAUCAAUCAGAUGUCAGAUGACAACAUGUUAGCAAACUUAAAAACUAGAGAUUCAUGUUUUGUAUUCGAAGAUAGCACAUGUAGAUGCACAAGUCGAUCACUUCAUUUUUAUCACGGAGCAUUGUCAUGUCUGUUAUCAUUUGUACGAGUAUGUUUUUCUUGCAUUAAAUUAGAAAGAAAUGGAUAUAGCUGUGUCAUUUCCAUAUGAUUUUUGAACACCAAGUCACCAAUACAUUGUGUGGCUCUGUCUAUUGAUUUCAUUUGUAUGA